UAUUAUUAAAUCUCAUGCUGCUCUUAAAAAUUUAGCCACAAAAAUUAAAGAAGGAAAUAAUGAUAGUCUUAAAGAUUUUCCCAAAAGUAUUUUUUCAAAUAUUUCAAAUAGUAAAUGGUGGAAAAAUCUUAUGCAGUUAAAGGUUCUUCUUGAACCAUAUAUGGCAUCUUUAAAUAAACUUCAAUGUGAUAAAGGUCAUCUUACUGAAGUUCUACAUAGUUUCAAAUGGGUGUAUCAACAUAAAAAAGUUCUCACUAUAUGCCAACUAAGAUCAGAGCUUUUACGUUCACGAAAUAUUCUUGCCAUUGACAAGUUACUAAAAACAUACAAACAAAAGAUUGGUAUUCCACCUGAAAAUAAUGAACAAAUAAGCCUUGAUGAUAAUAAAGAGGAAUUAUACACAUCAGAGAAUGAUGAUGAUAUUAAUAUGAGGCAAAGUCAAAUAAAUGUUGAACAGCCAGAAAUAGUUCGAUGUGUGAAUGACUGGAAAGUAAUUGUAGAACAGUAUGUUAACCUGGCCAAAGAAGAUGAUGAUGAUAUUUAUUCUGAUAUUCAUCUUGCAGAUAAUUUGGUGGCCAAAUAG